AUGGCAUCCCAAGGACAAACCCGCGCCAGCGACCUCUCUGAGACAGAAUCCGAGUACGACCCGGCCCCGCGAACCCAAUCCCGCCGCCGGGGUCGAGGCCGCUCGCGUAAGAACAAGAAGGCCGGUCAGCUGCAGCAACAGCAGCAGAAAUCCGGCCCCCUCCAAGGCCUAGGCCCGGGCCAGCAGCUCUCCCAGACAACCGGACAGAUCGGGGAGGUGGCCGGCGGCCUGAGCGGGUCCCUCGGGAAUACCCUUGGCCAGACGGCCGGCCAGGUAGCCGGAGGUGGGGGAGGGGGAGGCAAGAAGAACGAUACGCUAAAGUUGAGGUUGGAUUUAAAUAUCGAUAUUCACAUCGAGCUCCGAGCGAAGAUUCAUGGUGAUCUUGAGCUUUCGCUACUGUGAGUCGCCCCCCGUAUAGUAUCUGCUCCCGUUUUUCCUUUUUGCUUUGCUCCUCCCAUCUUCUACCCCAUGCACACUUGCCAUCUUUAAGAAAGAGAAAAAAAAUCCCGUUUUGUCGUCUUCACGCUUUUUGGGAGGGCAUUCUGAGUCGGGUGUGUAGCUCAUAGAGGCUUUCUAGCGGUUGAACAGUGAGAAGGGCUAAGUGUUAUCGUCUCGCGUUUUUUAGAAAUUGAGGAUCCUUCCCUUUUUUUUUCUUACUUCUUUUUUGGCUGUCUUUAUCUACACUUUUUGUUU